GCAGAGUUUUAGCUUCCUCCUCUCUCCUUGCACAAAUAACCCUUCUGUGCUGUCAUUUUUCUCCAUGAGGCUGGAGUAGGAGGCACGAGCAAAGAUGGCGUCCAGUUGGUGGCUUCUUCCAUUGAUGUUACAAGCACUACAUGGGGUGACAGAUGCCACGGUGAAACUCAACAAUGGUGGGUUUGAAGACCUUGUCAUUGCAAUCAACCCUCAGAUACCAGAAGACAACAAAAUUGUCGACAACAUAAAGGGCAUGGUUCAAGAAGCAUCAGCUUACCUGUUUGGUGCAACGCAGAAAAGAUUUUACUUCAAGACUGUAAAGGUGAUCAUUCCUUCCACGUGGAAAACAAAAGCUGACUAUCAAAGAGUAACUAGAGAGUCGUACGAUAAGGCAGAAGUCAUAGUGGCAGCUCCUUACCUGAAACAUGGAGAUGAUCCCUACACCCUACAGUAUGGCGGAUGUGGGGAACCUGGGCGAUACAUUCAUUUAACUCCUAACUUCCUGACAAAUGACAAAUUGCUUGACGCUUAUGGACCACGAGGCAGAGUCCUUGUCCAUGAGUGGGCUCAUCUCCGAUGGGGUGUCUUUGAUGAAUAUAACGACGAUGCACCUUUCUACUCUCCUGGGGGAAACAGCAUGCCUGAAGCAACGAGGUGCCCAGCUACUUUCAAGGGUAGCUAUGUAGUCUUGCUCGCUGAUGGAACUACCAGACCAUGCAAAGUUGAACCAAAAACUCAGCUGUAUGAAUCUGGGUGCCAAUUUAUUCCAGAAAAAAAUCAAAAUACUCCAACAUCUAUAAUGUAUGUGCAAAGUAUCCCAUCGGUUACUCAGUUCUGUGACAAAAGCAACCACAAUACUAAAGCAACAAAUAUGCAGAAUAAAAUGUGCAACUACAGGAGCACCUGGGAUGUAAUUACGACUUCUCCUGACUUUGCCAAGUCAACUCCACAAAGAGCUCCUCCGCCUAGCCCCACUAUCACUUUGCUGCAAAAACAGGAGAGAGUUUUGUGCCUAGUACUUGAUGUUUCUGGAAGUAUGGGUUCGAGCAAUCGCAUUGGUCGGCUGAAGCAAGCUGCGGAAAUAUUCGUCCUGCAGAUUAUUGAAGCGGGAUCCUGGGUUGGAGUAGUCACGUUCAAUGACGCGGCAACAGUCCAGACUCACCUGAGGCAGAUCAGUGACGACAGUGUGCGCAAAACUCUUGCAGGGUUUCUUCCUACUUCAGCUGGUGGAGGAACUAAGAUAUGUUCUGGAGUGCGGUCAGCAUUUCAGGUGUUUUUAAAGAAGUACCCAAAUACCAGAGGCUGUGAAAUUGUGCUCUUGACAGAUGGAGAAGAUAACCAAGUAAAUUCCUGCUUUACCGAAGUUCGAAAUAGUGGGUCUAUAAUCCACACCAUUGCUUUGGGACCAAAAGCUGAAAAAGAACUAGAAAUGCUGGCAGACAUGACGGGAGGUCUGAAAUUUGCUGCCACUGACAGCUUGAAUUCCAAUGGUCUCAUUGAUGCUUUCAGCGGAAUUUCUUCAGGAAGUGGAGAUCUCAGUCAACAAUCUAUUCAGCUUGAAAGUAAAACACAGCAAGUAGCUGCCAAGAAAUGGAUGUAUGGUACAGUAUCCAUUGAUAAAACGGUGGGAAAAGACACUUUCUUUGUCAUUACGUGGAGCGCAAGCACAACUCCACCAGAGAUGUUUCUGGACGAUCCCAAGGGGAAAAAGUACCGUACAAAGGACUUCAUAACUGAUAAAACCAACCUACGGACAGCCCGGCUCCAGAUUAGUGGAAUCGCAGAGGCAGGAGACUGGAGGUAUUCCCUGCAGAAUCAAAAUACAGCUCAAACCAUGACAAUAACAGUCACGAGCCGAGCAAGAUCAGCAACUGUGCCUCCAGUUCAUGUGAUGCCUCUUAUAAAAAGAACGCAUAAGUUUCCUGAUCCGUUGGUUAUUCAUGCAGAAGUCAGCCAAGGGUUCUUACCUGUGACUGGUGCAAAAGUCAUAGCCACAAUUGAAGCAGACAAUGGAGCAGCUGUGGAUCUAGAGCUUUUGGACAAUGGCGCAGGUGCCGACAUUAUAAAGGAUGACGGAAUCUACUCGAGAUAUUUCACAUCGUUCAAAGUAAAUGGUCGACACAACCUAAAAGUGCGGGUCCAGGGGCAAGGCAAGACUGGCAGAAGGAUCCGUAGGCAAAGUCAAGCUUUCUUUGCACCAGGGUUUGUAAAUAAUGGUGUAAUAAAUAUGAAUCCCCCAAAACCGGAAGUUCGUGAUGAUGACAUCGAAGUUGACGUAGGAAAUUUCAGUAGAGUGGCAUCAGGUGGCUCUUUUGUAAUGUCAGGAGUUCCGCCUGGUAGUAGUAAAAAAGAUGUUUUCCCACCCUGUAGAAUCACUGACCUUGAGAUAAAACCACUGGGUGAUUAUCAGUUCCUUUUGUCCUGGACAGCUCCUGGGAAUGACUAUGAUGAAGGAAAAGCUGAAAGGUACGAAAUAAAAAUGAGUGAAGAUCCCUCGGCGUUAAUAGAUGCAGCUUUUCAAACAGCCACCUCUGUGAAUACUGCUGGUCUGAAAAUGGAAGUCGCUGGGGUCAAGCAAUCCUUCCAGUAUAACGCAGAAAACUUAAAAAAAUCGAAUGGCACCUCCAUCUACUUUGCCAUUCGUGCCAUUGAUGGUAGCAACAAUGUCGGAGAAGCAUCUAAUAUAGCCAGAGCAGUUGUGCUUGUUCCCAUAUUGCCAACCACCCCAGAUGAUACUUUUUGUCUGUAGCUUGUGUUUUGCAUAAACAAAAAACCAGAAGUCUUGAUACUGGAAUGCAAUAUUACAGC